AUGCACUUGCUGGCCCCUUUAAUCUCGGCGGUGCUGGUAACGGUCAUCCCUGCUGUCCCGGUCUCGGAGGUGGGCCCGAAAGUUUCGGUGAAUCUUGCGCAGAGGUUUCCCGACCUGGCGCUCCCAGAGCUGGACGACGGCCCGGAAGGAGUCGAAUGGCUGGGGUUGGAGCCGAUCAACGGUUUUCCCGAUUUCCCGGCAGCCAUCGUCGAACCAAUCGGCCCUGACGUCGCCCCGGCAAUACCUACAUAUCAA